CCGGCCAGGAGACUCUUCUCAACCAUCAUCGCACCAACACUUGCUUUAAACCAAUCUUCAUCCCGUCGUCGAAUCAUCUCUGCAAAUCUAACUUAUCCGCUUCCAUCGCCAUGAAGACCUCCACGCUCACCCCAGGCCUCGUCACCCUGCUCCUGCAGGCCAUUCCCCUCUACGCUAGGGUGUACGAGAAGAACAUCCUGGUUUACGAGGUGAGCCCCGACGCGAAGAUCACCGGCCAGGAGAUCAGAUACAGCGAUCCGGACUGCAGGCCGGGCAUGCGCUGCACCCGCAUCGAGGUCUGCGAUGCUGCGGGCACUGUUCCCACCCUCAGCGAGGAUAAGAGGCACUUUGCUUGUUGCUACAACGGACAGCGGCUCCUCGGCAGCCCCGAGACCGCGUUCGACUGCUGCGCCCCCGGCCAUGAUCUCGUGGGCUCGCCGCAAGCGGGCUAUCACUGCUGCGCGACCGGAUCCACCUGGGACGGCCAGCAGUGCGUGCAGACGUGCAAGAACGGGAAACAGCUCGUGAACGGGAAGUGCGUCUGCCCCGAGGGCACCAUCGAGACCGCGGAUGGGAGUUGCCAGACCAAGCGGACGCCGUCGCAUUGCUCCUCUGGACUGGAGACCGGAAAAUGCUACACCUUCACCGCCGAGAACGGCGACCGGCUCGGCUUGCGCAGCGACGGCUACUACUACGCCGGGCGGGACAGCGCGGUGCAGCGCUACGGCAAGUUCCAGCUCUGCAAGGACGAAACGUGCACGCCGGGCCAGGCCAUCAACCCGUCCGACAAGACCUACAUCAAAGACCUGUACGGGGACAUCGGGACGGGCGCCCACCACGGCCAGUGGCUCAACAACGCGCAAAACGGCGCGCACAUCAGCCGGACCAGCAUCUUCGCCAACGCCGGCCAGUUCUCCAUCAGCAAGUGGCCCUGCGGCAAGUACUGCCUGGGCGGCUUCACGGCCGGCAUCGGCCCCGCCUGCCCGGACGCCAGCCCGGCCUUGACGUUCUACUCGCAGGAUCCGCAGAUGUGCAUCCCCUUCGUCCUGACCGAGGUGCCCUGCGACCUGAAGUCCGAUGCGAACAACUGCAUCUGGAAGAACGGAGACCAGUGCUGCAACCCGGUGGACUGCGCCGGAAAGCAUUAGGUGGUUGGCUCAGCUUGAUGAUAGCUUAUUGGCAAGUUGGCGUGGAAGAGAGACAAGUGAUCUUAUGUAUGUACAGAAGUUAUUCCGUUCAUGCAUGGAUCUAGCACACGCCCAACCCGCGGCGAGAUGCUGGCUGGGCACAGACAGAACCUAGAGCAGCCCAAAGAAUUUCAACAUGACAGGCUCGUUGGGUGGCGCAAAGUGCCCGACGCCCUGGCCAAAGUAACCCACCAGCUGCGACCCAUCGCCGUAGACGAUCUCCGUGUACUGCGCGCCCUCGGGCACCGAGCUGCCCGUGACGUUCCUGGUGUUGGUCAGCCCCAGGACGGCCGACCACUGCUUGAGCUGCUCGUAGCCGCACUGGGGGCGGACCAG